UCUGCACUCUGAGUUGGCGCGAGUUGACCCGGACUCCUGUGCAGUUCCAUUUCUGUUCUUUCUCGACCGUUGCCUUCAUUAUCUCGGAGGUUGCUUCUAUUCUCAAAAGCCAGACAGACCUCUGCUCAGUGUAGAUUGAUGGAUUCGUCAUCGAAUCAAGCAGAAUUUGAUUACUUAUUCAAGCUUUUGAUGAUCGGAGACUCUGGUGUCGGCAAAAGCAGCCUCCUCCUCAGUUUUACUUCUGAUACAUUCGAGGAUCUUUCUCCCACUAUAGGUGUUGAUUUCAAGGUGAAAUAUGUUAUUAUAGGGGGUAAAAAGUUAAAACUUGCAAUCUGGGAUACAGCUGGUCAGGAAAGAUUCAGAACAUUGACUAGUUCGUACUACAGAGGAGCUCAAGGGAUCAUUAUGGUUUAUGAUGUAACACGGCGAGAAACAUUUACAAAUCUCUCUGAUGUCUGGGCCAAGGAGAUUGGCCUCUACUCAACUAAUCAAGAUUGCAUCAAGAUGCUUGUCGGAAACAAAGUCGAUAAGGAAAAUGAAAGAGUAGUAACAAGGAAGGAGGGGAUAAACUUUGCUAGGGAAUGUGGAUGUCUCUUUAUUGAGUGCAGUGCAAAAACUCGAGUCAACGUACAGCAAUGCUUUGAAGAGCUAGUUUUAAAGAUUUUGGAUACGCCCGCCCUCUUAGCUGAUGGCUCCAAAGGUGUGAAAAAGAACAUCUUCGAAGAAAAUCCAUCGCAAUCCGAUACAUCAACUAGCAGUUGCUGCUGAUUCUGUUCGUUACUCUCAAAUCAUUCAUAUUUCAAGAAGGUUUCUAACUUCUGUGCCAAGACCUGAAUAUUACUAAUGUAGACAUUCUUUCAGCUUAUUUACUCUGCAACUUGUACAUCUUAUCAAUUUAUUUAAUGAGACUGGCUAAGAUCCUAAA